AUGAUGGCAGGCGACAUCAAGCGUCAUCUUAAAGUGCAUGUUGGUAAACAGAUCGAGGAGGAAGAUGUGCCGAGGGCUGCAGCGAUUAUGAAGGCAGGGAAGGCUACAAGGGGGCCAAGACAGGUGAGGGGGAAGAAGGAAGUGGAAACUCCGGGGAGAUUACGAACAUGGUGCCCGGUAGACGGCUGCAACACAAUCACCAGCUAUCUUAAUCAGCAUCUGGUAAAGGCACACAGGUUAAAGAGCUCCCAUACCCAGUAUAGGGUCCAUCUCAAGGAGGCUGAAAGGUAUACUGGUAUCCAAGAGUUAGACUGCCUGCUCACUCUACCAUCCAAGGCACCGUCAUCCAAGCUGACAUCUCCGUCAUUCUUAACUGCUCAACCUAAUCCACGUGAACACAAAACCAACGAAGAUGAAGAAAUAGAAGAGACCCAAGGAAUAGAAGAGACCCAAGAACAAGAAGAAGAAGAAGAAGAAGAAUGGCAUCCAGAGGGAGAGGUGGAGGAGAGUGACGAAGAUUCUGAAGAUGCUCCAACCAUAAAGAUCAGGAAGGAGGAGUAUUACUCAGCGACAAAAUUUACGAGUUACCGCCACCAAUGGCUCUCUGGUUUCUUUAAGUACCUGAAGAGCCCAUCAGCGGGCUACAAAAGCUUGAGAAUAGACUCCAGCACGUGGGCCAGGUGGAGAAGCUCUUGGAAACGCUGGACCCCAACGGUAAGGACAUCACCAUCCUAG